GGUCUUUAGCAGUGAUGGCAGCUAGACGCGCCCAUGGUGACAUCACAACCCUCCCACAUUUAGGUCACAUGGCUGUGACAUCGGGACUUCCUCAAAGCCACUCUAUGGUGUUACUGCGGCCCAUCCAGAGAAGGAACAGGAGAUCUGAAUGUAGAAUUGUUGUGGCACAGGUUUUAAAUGCCAGAAAGAUACAGGAAGUUUUUGCAAGAGGUAUUCCCCUAAGAAAGAAUUAAAUAUAUUCAGAUUACUCUUAAUUGUUAUUUAUGAAAUGGAGCUUCCAAACUACAGCAGACAGUUACUGCUGCAAUUGCACACAUUGUGUAAGGAGCAAAAGUUUUGCGACUGCACAAUUUUUAUUGGUACUUUUCAUUUUCGAGCCCAGAAGCUUGUGCUUGCUGCUGCCAGUUUACUCUUUAAGUCGUUGCUGGAAAGUACUGACACUAUAUCCAUAGACGCUUCAGUUGUUACCCCAGAUGAAUUUUCCUUACUGUUGGAAAUUAUGUACUCAGGGAAGCUGCCUCCUGGAAAACACAAUUUGACAAAAAUCAUUUCGGUUGCAGAUAGCCUGCAAAUGUUCGAUGUGGCUGUGAGCUGUAAAAACCUCCUGACCGAACUUAUGAGUCACUCCACCCAAAGUCACAGCCAGAAGCUAAAAGAGAGUUCUGUCCAGUCAUUAACUGUGAAUAAAACUGAAAUUUUCUCUAAACAGAAUACCUUGAACUUAAAAAAUGAUAUUUCUAGUGAAAUGACACCUGUCGAGCACAAAGUAUCUCCGGUUUCAACAGCAGCUCCUUUUGAUUCUCCUGCUGAAAAAACAAAUGUAGACAAAUGUCCAGACAUCCCCCCACCUGCAACGAAGCUAGAGACUGAAGCUGAUUUGCACUCAGCCAGCAAUUUACUCGCUGAAACAUCCACUGAGACAGCAGCAACUUCAGAAAAUUUGGAAAAAAUUGUUUCCUCACAGAUAUCAGAGAAAGCAGUGGUAACUCCGGACAAUGAAAAUGUUCCAGAAUUAGCUGAAGGGUCCAAUCCAGAUGGAGCUGACAGUAUUGCAAGUCUUUUGGAAACUGAAAUUGUAUCGUGUGUGUCUGAAGUUCAAGAUAACAGUCAUGAGAGCAUAGAAGAAAGUAAAGAAAACAUUAUAGAGUCUGACUUAAUAUUAAAGGAUUCUUGCAGCAUGCCAACUCUGUGCUCUCCUACCCAAUCUGAUAAACCAGCUCAAAUGGAGGAGGAAGCUGAACCUGCUAUGAAGAAAAGAAGAUUAAAUGAACCAGAAACAGAUGGAACUUCUGGUGAGUUGGAUUUUCUAAUACGAUAUGAAAGUAUCUUCAGUGAAGCCCUUUCUGAUCCCCAGAGCGUAAUAGAAAAUCUACAAAGGUGUCAAGAAAUGAAAGAAGCUGAAAAGCAGGCAGUAAUGGAGUGUUGCCAAGCAGAAGAGGGUAGUUCAACUUUUGCAAAACUUCUAGAAAAAGUUAAAGAUGGACAAAGCAUUGUUGUUGAUACCGUUCUGGCUUUGCUGAAAUUGUGCAGGCAUACACAUCCAAGUGUUAAUAAAGCGCUCCUAGAGAAAGAACCAACAGAACAAGAAUCCUCAGUAGAAGAAGCAGCUCCUGUGUUUACUGAAGAAAAAGGCAAAUCGUUAUUUGAGCUGUUGUUGGAACAUAAAGAGGACCUUAUACAGUGCAUUACAGAGCUUAGUCCUAUUAUUGAGUGUGUAGACACAGCAGAAGAAGGAUUUCUCAGCACCCUUGAGAAACAGGUGAUUGUUGAUUGCUGUGAAGGUGGAUCACAUAGAGAAGCCAUGGAGAGAUUAGUGAGGAAAGCGUCAGAAACAAGGACGUUGAGUCCCAAUAGCCUGAUAAAGCUUCUGCAAGCUGUAAGGGAAGCGUUUCCUGAUCUGCAUGCUUUGCUGGAGAUGUUGGAGCCACAAAGUAGCAAUCCUUGUUUGAAAGACAAAAUGACCACAACUGAUUAUGGAGCAGAGUUAUUAAGACAAUAUCAGGAAAAUUUCUCUGAGGUGGUAACAGAUUCUGAGUUAAUGCUCAGUGCCAUUACAACAACUGUUAAUUUAACUACCCAUGAAAGAGAGGUAAUGGAACAAGUUGUGAAGAAAAAUACAACCUCAAAGAUUUUCAGCACUCUUGUGUCCAUGGUUCUGGAUGAGCAAACGUUGGCUGUCACAGCUCUUUGGCUGCUGCUCCUAGCAAUGCAAGAGUCAAACCCAUCUCUGAAGUCACUGAUGGAAGAGAUUCGCAAAGAACCUGGAGCAGAAGUUUUCUUUCAGAGUGUAAUCAACAGAGGAAAUGAAGCUGCUGAAGUACUAGUGCGCCACAAUGAAUUAAUCGCACAGGCUUUCGGACAGUGUGAUAUUCUCAGCUAUGUACCCUCCAAAGAGACAGCUUUGACAGAUUUGGUUAAGGAGCUUCUAAAGGUGCCACAACAAAAUGAAGACUCUGAACUGCCUUCAAAGAUGCUUUUGAGUGCAGCACUGCAGCACACUGUACCUGCCAUGUCAUUCUGCAGUUUGCUUUUUACUGUUCAGGGUUCUUCUCCACAUCUUCAGCCAGUGAUAAAAGAAUUAAAGCAGAUAGGAAUACUUAUGGAAGGAGAGGAAAGUUUUCAAGGUGUAAGCAGGUGGAACGUCAACAGUGAAUGUCAGCUAGUUGUUGCUGAAGAUAGUGCUGAGGGAAAUGAUGAAGAAGAACAGACAAAAUACGAUGAAAAUGAAGAUGGAGAUUCCAGUAAGGAAAGCAAAGAUUCAGUGCAGGAAAAGGGUUCCUCCAAGAAGAACUUUAUCUGCAAGUCCUGUGAUAAGAUUUUCCUUUUCCGUUGCCGCCUGGAAGUGCACAUGAAGCGGUGUCGAAUGGCAAAACGAAAUCCCUUACAAUGCAAAGAUUGUAACGAGAUUCAGUCUUCUAGAAAGGAGCUAGACCAGCAUCGAGAAGCCGUCCAUGGUUACUUGGUUUCUUCUCGUACAAAUAAAGGAAGAAGGCGAUUGCUUGUUACAUGCGAUAUCUGUGGCAAAGAGUUUGCCCAUCCUUCAGGGCUCCAGUAUCACAAAAGGACAGAACAUUUUGAUGAAAAGCCAUUCUCCUGUGACGAAUGCGGUGCCAAGUUUGCUGCCAACUCCACACUUAAAAACCAUCAACGUCUUCAUACAGGGGAACGGCCAUUUGUCUGCAAACAUUGUCACAUGACCUUUACCCAGGCAGCUGCACUUUCCUACCAUACAAAGAAGAAACAUUCUGAAGGAAAGAUGUAUGCAUGCCAGUAUUGCGAUGCUGUCUUUGCACAAUCCAUUGAACUAACCCGACAUGUUAGGACGCAUACAGGAGACAAGCCAUAUGUCUGUCGAGAAUGUGGGAAAGGCUUUAGCCAAGCCAAUGGUCUUUCUAUACACCUAAGAACAUUCCAUAAUAUUGAAGAUCCUUAUGACUGCCAGAAAUGUAGAAUGAGUUUUCCUACCUUGGAAGAGAAUCGACAACAUAUACAAGUUGUGCAUUCCAAGGAGUACCACCCAUGCCCUACAUGUGACAAAAUAUUCAGUGCUCCUUCCCUGCUUGAACGACAUGUUGUCACUCACGUGGGAGGGAAACCCUACAAUUGUGAAAUCUGUGAUAAAGCUUAUCAGCAAUUGUCUGGCUUGUGGUAUCACAAUCGCACCCAUCAUCCAGAUUUGUUUGCUGCUCAGAAUCAUCGUUCCUCCAAGUUCUCAACACAGUGCAGUUCCUGUGACCAGACCUUUCCAAACGCAGCACUACUACAGAAACAUACAAAAGCGGAGCAUCCUGAUGGUAAAGUAUAUGAAUGUGAUAAGUGCAAACAGACAUAUCCAACUUCCGCAGCACUGCAAGUGCACAUCAAGUGCAAACACUCAGGGACACAGCCAUUCCAGUGUCUUUAUUGUACUGAUAGUUUUCAGUUCCCUGGAGCCUUACAGCACCAUGUUGCCACUGAACACUUCCAUGAGAGUGAUAACACGUUUGGCUGUGAAAUCUGCGGGGAGCUCUUUACCGUUCAUUCUCAGCUAGAAAGACACUAUGAAACGGAUCACCCUGAAGUUGUGCUCACAGAAAAUCAAGCAGCAGAUACACAAAUGGUACAGGUAAUUCAGACACAGGACCAAGUAGCGGCAACAGAACAAGUGAUAACUUUGGAUGAAUCUCAUCUGGCAGGUUCCCAAGUGAUAGUAGCGCUACCAGAUACUCAGGUCAAUCAAACUACUACAGAACUGGUAGCUGUCAGCAUGGAGGACUUGUUGGAUGGCACAGUGACACUUAUUUGUUCAGAUCCAGUAACAGGAGUACCACAAAGAACUCAGAGUUAGGAUCACAGAAGUGUAUCCACAAUACAGAUCUGGACUACUUUUAUACCACUUGGCAGUGCAUUAUUGAAUUGCCGUGUCAGUUAUUUUUAUUUGUUUUACCAUUUUUGCUCAGAUUCAAUCUUUAACCCACCCCCUGAGAAUAUGUGAUUACAAUUAGAAGAUCAUGUUAUUGCUUUUGUUUCCCAUAAAAUAUCAAUUUGCUCCUUUUUUUUAUUGGGAUGGAUCCCACCACCUGGCUCUACUUUUUCCAGUCCAGUUUGUGCAACUGGUUGAGUUGGAUAAAAAAAAAUAUCAUUUUUUUUCUUUGUCCUUGCAUUUCUCUGCACUAUGUUCAGACACAUUUUUAAACAUGUACUUCGUUCAUUGUUGCAGCAGUCCUUGAAUACUCUGUAAGGAGAAACACAAUACAAAGAAGAGUCUAUAAAAUGCAAGGAAUAAAGGCCCACAUAUCUUCAGCUGUAUAAGGCAAAAAUGUGCAGCCCACAGUCUGACUGCACUAAAUACCCAGUGUUUAGCUUAGAAUUAAUGGCUUCCAACUGCCGUCCUAAGGAUUUUUGUUUUCCUUAAGGUAGAGUUAAUUUGAGAUUUAGAAAUAGGUUUAUAAAACUUAUCUUAGACAUUAUCUCUUUUCUAACAGUUUACUUGUACUUCUUUUCAGUUUUCUUGGCAGACAAUUUUGCAAAGAAAGGGCUACAUCCUACAAUUUUAAAGUAAUACCAACUGUUUUUGUUAUUUGUAAAGAAAUUGAAACCAAAGAACUGAUAUGUCAUGUGACUACAAGUAAGAAUGAACUGCAUAGUAAAGGUAUUGCCUGCAUACAGCUCUUCCAAGUUAAAUUUGCUUUGUUACACACAAGUACAAUAUAGUGCCCUAGAUAAUAUGUACAUCUCCCUCCCAGUGUUUGUUAGGCUGCCUCUCAGAUAAGCCACUUUAUUUGCAUAAAUGAAAGUCUAUUUACAGGAUAUAAUUGUUUUUGUUACAAUAAUGCAUUUAUGAACGAGUGCUAGGACUGUUAUAUAAUUAUGCCCUCACGUUAUUCUUCAGCACUGAAGUGGUCUAUAAAAUAAUAUUGUGAUUGAAAUGAUUAAAUUGUAUAGAUUUCUAUUUAA